GAAAAAUUUAAAGUCACGUGAAGACUAAAUGAAAUGUUAUGGGAUAUAAAACUAAAUCCGUUAUAAGACUGAUGCUAUAAAGAUUAUUUAAGUAUUGUGAUAUUAUCAUUCAAUAUAUUGCUACGAUAAGACAACUUGAACCAUUAGAGAGACUGGUGCAGAACGAAAAUGAAGGUUUUAUUAAUAAUAGUUGUUCUGGGCUUCAUAGCAGUCAAUGCACAAAAUCCAUGUGAGUCACUGGAUGACGGGCCAUUUCUGGCGACCACACCAACAUUGAAUAUCCGGUUAUUAGAGGCUACAAAAGAAGAUUUGGAACAAUACCCAAAUAGUGAAAACUACAGAGAUGCGUUAAGAUUUCGUGGUAAAAUAGGGGAGACAACUCCCGAUGGCAUAACUGUCGCCGUCAUGGAAAACUUCCCUUUGAUUGAUCCGAGAUCAUUGGUAACGUUUGAAACUUUAGCAAGUGGUGACAAUAUUGUUCGAUUAGUUAAUCCAGUGGUUAGAGAUGGUCCAACAGAUGAUCCGGAAGAUGACAUUAACUUUCUAACAUUCACACUGAAAUGUACGCCAGUCACCAAUACUACAGCAAUGAAGUUCUAUGACGUCAGAAUCCAGAUCCUAGACAUAAAUGAUAAUUAUCCUCAAUUCAAAGAAUCACCUUACAAUAUUACUCUAAGUGAACUAACGCCCGAGGGAAUGAGUGUUUUUACUGUACAGGCUACAGAUAAAGAUUUUAAUUUAUUGGGAAAUAUGACGUAUGAGAUAAUAUCUAUGCCUGGAUCAUUGACGGAUGGCUCUCAAUAUUUUAACAUAGAUAUGUAUACUGGUGGUUUAAUGGUGAAAAAAACGUUAGACUACGAUCAACUUGGUGUUAACAACAACUAUCUUACUGUUAGAAUAAAAGUCACGGAUGGUGGUCCGAAUGAGAGGAAAUCUAACCAAACAACCAUGACAGUGUAUAUUACUGAUGGUAACGACCAGGGCGUGGCCUACGUUUACCAAGGUUGUUUUCAACACAUGGGUACAUGUGCCUGGCCAAAAUAUACAACAUUAGCCAGUCAAAUUAAGCAGGGACAAAGUUUAACAACUUAUCCAGUUCCUAAUAAAAUCUCAAGUUCUACAAAAAUACAAGCUAGAGAUCUUGACUUAACUUUAGCAGCUGAAAUCAAAUUCACCAUUGCUUCAACUAUUCCACCGGGUUCUGAACAGAAAUUCCGUGUAGAAACAACAAAAGAUGAAAUGGGAUUAUAUACAGCUGAUGUUAUACCGACUGAAGCUUUACCAGAAAAAUUAGAAGGCUUUGAAAUAUUUUUAAAGGCUGAAGAACAAACAGAUUUGAAAAGACAUGAAAUAGCUAUGAUAUAUUUUAUGGAUGACAGGGAUGAUGAUAAAUCUACAAGUGAAGGGCAGGAUGGAGAUAAAACCCCAGUUUCAAAAUAUUCAGAACCAGUUUUAGCUCUUAUUAUAGUCGUAUCCAUCAUAGCCGCCUUUUUACUAUGUCUGAGUGUGGCUGUAUGCUGCUUAACGAAAUAUAAAUCGUCCUCACCUGCAAGAUUUGAUGGAGUUGAGGGGGGUAUGACGAAUGGGUUUUAAUCCUUUAUAAUAUCAUCAUUACAGUUCAGAUCCAAGUAUGCAUCGAAUGGUGGAGACAGCACAACGAGGUUGUAGAAAACACACAUGAAGAUAUUAAUAUGUCUAAAUGUUCUAUUAAACAAAUAUAUUCUAGUAUAAUGCCAGUAUAAUGACAACACCCACCUACCAUACAUACAUGCAGGGACAAUAUUUAAUAUUUAAAUAUUUUGCUUCUACGAAAAGAUUUAUCCGGAAAACGUUUUUAUGGAUAAUUAAGGCAAAAUUAUAUUAUAUAAUUACAUUUCGAGGGCAGGAGACGUCUGUUGUUAUAAACUAUCUAAAUGUGUAUAUUAGUGUUUAUCUCAGAAUGGGUGCAAUAUGGUGACGACUGAUGAGUCCUCAACAACUAGAACAGCUGGAAAUUAAAUGUUCUUUAAUUUGCCAUUAAACUAUACUGGCUAUUACAUAUAAUUCCUAACUGAGGGAAAUUUAAUUUAUGGUAUUAUGUUAGUUUGACGAUAUUAAUAAUUUGUUAUGUUUUGUUCUUCAUUUUUAAUAAUAUUUCAAGUAUUGUACAUUUUCUUAGUGCUUUCUUAGUGCUUGUCUUUGUGCUUCAUUUUUUAAUUAACUGCCAAGUAUUGUACAUUUUCUGAACUCUAUAUUCUCAUACCAACUCAUUCCAAAUCAUAAAAAUUAUUGAUUCUAGUAAGUAAUUUAUAUAUUUCGAGAAUUAUUAAAAUAGAGUUUUUACUUUUAAAUUUGUUUCAUAUAUUUCUACAGUUUAUUAUUAAAUUUUGAUAUAUUUUAAUCUUUUAGAUCUGUUUAGAAUUAAGAUAUUUAAUUUAUGUAUUUGCAUCGUUUAUACCCACAACAAUGAAAGCAAAUCGACGGGAGUUUUUUCUGAAAAUUUGGAUGGCCGUGGAAAAAUGUUAAAUUAGAGAGAAAGUUAUACUAUCACAGCAUAUUAAACAUACAUUAUGCAAGAGUUAAAUCUGUCUAUUGCAGGUCUUUCUUUAGACCUGAAAUGUUAUAUAAAUUAUUAAUUAGAUAUUAAUUAACUUACCACUCCCAUAAUCAGCCCUCGAUGCCAUCGGAUGCCUGUGACAUUUAGUGGAUUUGAAUACGUUUUGUGGUGGAUGAAAUAACCGUAAAAAUGGAAAAUCGAGACACAGGUUGCAGCCAGAAACACGACUAAAGGAUUAAACUGGAUAUUUCCUAGUUUUGUGGAGGUUAUGUUCCUGUUUUGCGGGUAGAAUUUGUUUAGUUUGUUUUGGUGAAAUAAUGGCCCUCGACGGCCGCUAACGAGUUAAAGGGUCAUAUUGUCUGGCAUUUUGGAUAUUACCAUCAUCUAAUCACCCCACAACAUACAGAAGGAUUUCAGUGUAUUCCUUGACUCCAGAAAUCUACGGUUAGACACCAAAAUUAUCACCCUAGAAUAAAUACUAUGGGAGCUGUAGGGGAUUAUUUGAUGUGGCGGCCGUCUUGGACGCCAUCUCGAAUUUUUCAAAACGCUCAAGGGUGACCGAGGUUCAUCCGGUAGAUUCUGAAAGAGGACACCAUAGGCUACUAAAAUCAAUCAUAAAAAAAACUUUGUAUACAAUGCAAUAUCCAGGUUCACUCGAAAUAUUGGGUUUGGCGACCGGACUAGUAUACACACCAUGUUUAAUAACCAUUACGGUAAUUACAAAUAGUAAUGAAAUUCAAUAACUAUAAUAGAUAAAGAUAUAAUAUUUAUUAAUACAAUAUUUUAUUUAAU